UCUUCCGUUUCGUUAGUACUCAAUGAUAUGCAUGUCUAGUAUCGCGGUUUCGAUAUGCAGGCAACAUAUCUUACAAAUAGUACGUAAACUAACAUGUACGUGUUUAAUAAACGGAGUUGUAUUGUCAAGAUAUAGCCGUAGAAGUAUAACAGCCGCACACGUCGAUAAGGGCCGAUACCACAAAUGCAACAUUGAACAGUAUCCUUGUUCAACACAAUCGGAUCCCUGUACAAUGGAAACGAACGCAGUAAUACCAGCGCCCGUGUUAAACACUGAACAGCCACAACCACAUACAAAUGUAGAACAACAGCAAAACAACAACGAAUUACAUCAGUCACAUAACAGUGUAGAACAGCAGCAAAAUAACAACGAAGUACAUCAGCCACAUAGCAGUGAAGUACAGCAGCAAAACAACAAUGAAGUACAUCAGUCACAUAGCAGUGUAGUACAGCAGCAAAGCAACAACGAAGUACAUCAGCCACAUAACAGUGUAAUACAGCAGCAAAACAACAAUGAAGUACAUCAGCCACAUAACAUUGUAGUACAGCAGCAAUACAACAAUGAAGUACAUAAGCCACAUAGCAAUGUAGCACGACGGCAAAAUAACAAAGAAGAACAUCAGCCACAUAGCAGUGUAGUACAUCAGCAAAGCAACAAAGACGUACAUAAGCCACAUACAAACGUAAUACAUCAGCCACACAUCAAUGUAGCACAGGAGCCAGAUGACAACGUAUUACAGCAACCACAUACCGAUGUAGCCGCUCAAAAGGAACCACCAGACUACACCUUGGUUUCCAUUGCCGCUUGUCUUUGCUGUUUCUGGCCUACCGGACUCAUGGCUAUUUACUUCUCAAUGAAGGCCAGGGCAGAGUUGCGGGCGGCUAACUACACAGAGGCACACGCGUUUUCAAACAACGCCAGAACAUUUGUAGUUAUCAGCGCCAUACUUGCAGUGGUUUGGAUAAUUGCAGUAGUUGUGACGUCCACUAUAAAAUGAUUGUUUGAUAUUGUUGCACAAACAAUAAUAUGUUACUGAGUGAACUACAAAAUAUGAGAAACCUUACGGGCGUUUAGAGUAACAUGUCGGCGAGUAGAAACAAAACAUAUGUGCAUUCGCCAUAUGUCAAGUGUCCAUUGUUUAGUUGCGACAUGAGCGUAUCGUCACAACGGAUAUCAACGCUUGCUUUGAAUGGAAUAUAAGUGGGAUGUAAUAAGAUGUAAUGAGAUGAGAGUUGUUUACCGUUCGCCAUUAAUAAGAUGUAGAGAUAUAGUGUCAAUAUACACUCAUUCGUAUUGUUGUAAAAUGCCGGAGCUCGUGACUGUGACAUUCGAACAUAAGUUGCUAAAGUUGAUCGACAAGUGCGUUAUAAUAAAGCAUUAUAAUUAUAUAUGUCGUAUUCAAAUGCAUUUACUUAUUCUUUAUUUGUCUUUGUUUAAGCAAAUACAAUAAGAAAGUUAUGCUGUGUAUUAAAUCCAACGCAUAUAAAUACGGAAUGCUUAAAAAUGACUUUUUUUAAUGCUAUGAUGAUCAGAUAAGUAACGGAAAAUUAACAUAUCUUUCUAUACAUCCAAUAUUAUAUACAACUUUGUUUUAAUGAUUGUGUUCCUAUAGGUUUCUUACAACCAAUCUAAUUGGUAUCAACACUCAGUAAAAUUAACAUUUGUUUCAUUUAAUAAAUUUGUUUCCGGGUAUACUUUUCGCCUUUUGUUAUCGUUGCCAACUAUGUAUAUGUUUAUGAAGUUCUAUGAAUAAUCUAUGUAUACGCAUGCGCGAGCGCGAUUAGUGAUGACGUGAGUUCGAAUCUAAAUGUCGCUUUAAGAUCUUUUUAAGCUUACCGCAACCAGUCUGUGCAGUUAAGCCGUGGGCUAGCAUGUUUAAUUAUAAUAAUAUUUGACAUCCCUACUUAAUAUGAUUAAA